AAUUUACAUCAUUAGACAAUUUGUCACGGUUUCACGUUGAUGUUUGUCACUUUUUCAAAAUUCCCGUACGAUGUCAGUUUUAUUCUGAGCCAUGCCGGCGUAUUUAAAGUUUCCCGAUCUGCCCUUGGCGUGGCACAAGUUCGCCGGACACUGUAGACGCUUCUACGGCGGACACAUUGAUCAUCCGACCGUUGAUCGAACUCCACGCAAUGACAGACAACCCCGGCAGUCGCAGGUCAGACGUUCAAUUCACGACGAGUACCCGGAUUGGAGUGGAUUGACGAACUUCAUUCCGCCCGAAAACAUCAAAAUGUCAUUGACACGGGGCGAAAAGGUAAAAGAAUCUUUCAGUAAGGCGGACAACUCCGUGCAUGAUUUUCAAUUUGGGAACAAAGAUACAAGACAUAAAGUUGGAUCGAAAUUCUUAUUGAGUAAAUUCAAUUUACUAGUAGAAAAAGUGUCAUCAAACUUCAAAAAAAAUGGUGGAGUCUUUUCCAAUUCUAACGAAUUCUCUCAAACUAACCUUGAAGAUGACGUUAGAGGGAAACGUUCCAUGAGAAAAAUGGUAUCUCUGAAAAAAUCGCGGAAAAGUCAGGACAUGUUUUCGAAACAUGACAUACACAUCGGAAGCAGUCAAACCGGAUUGAAGCUCGCACCCAAUUACUUUGUCAGCAAAUUUAAUACGCUAAAAGACAAAGUGUCUUCUAGCAAGAAAACCGACAGGUUGGGAAAUAAUCUUUACAAGCCAGUUGAGAAAGAUUCCAACUUUAAAUUUGCCAAAGGAAAGAGACAUACUAUUAAGUAUUCCGUGCACCGUGAUUUACAGAGAAAAUCGUCUAAAAAACAAAAAAAUCGUAGGGCAACUAGCUCAAGGCACGAUUUGCUGUUUGAGAAUGGGCAGCUCAGAUACAAGCUUGGAAAUUCGACAUUAUUUAUUACCAAACAGAUUCCUGUAAAUGCAAUGAUUGCCAAACCCAAAAAGAGCAAGAAGGUCGAAGUCCUAUUUAAAAGACAUCAGGUGGGCUCAACGAUGUUCUCCCCACUAAAAAAUUCUCAACACAAAAUGCAGUGCUCUAAACGUUCAAAUUGAUCUACAGAGAAAUGUUCAAUUCAAGAAGAUCUAACGUUAUAUUUUUUCGGUUAUUUGUUGUGAUAACGUCUAUGUGUUUACUAAAUUAAAUGUAUUUUCUUUAA